GUAAUAUUAUUACAGUCGUCGUCGUCGUCGCGUUAAAUGACCAUCGUCAUCGUCGUUACCGCCGGCACGCAGACAAUUUCAUCCGGAACAAUAAUACAAUAAUGACCGAUCGGUUUCGGACGUACGACAGCGAAUGCGGUGUGAACGGUGCUGGCGAUCGUCAUCACUGGCCGACGGCUUUCGGGGCCCCGCGCCGGCCGAACAAAAAGUUUACGACGGUCCGGAGGCCCGUUGCACGAGGCGACGAAGGACCGGAAAUCCGCAAACCAGGCAACGGGAUGCUGUUGUCGUCGUCGUCGUCGUCGUCGCCGUCGCCAUCGUUGUCGUCGUUGUCGUCACCGUCAACAUCGUCCGCUCCGUCGACACAUUGCCACUACGAACCGUUCCGCCGUCCCAACCCCAACAACGUCGAAACCUGUGAGGCCAUCGAAUGGGAGGUCAUGUCCAAACACUUUGCCAGAUUGCCACCAUUUAUCAAAGAGAAAAAUGCGAAACAGUUCAACAACGGACAUCCACAAACGAAAAUACCACAACAUCAUCAUUUACAGUAUUAUAGCGAUCUGCACAAAUUGCACCAGGUGGCAUAUGCCACCAGAAACACUAAUGCUAGGAAACCGAUGGCGAUAGCUGCAGCUCACCAGCCGUGUUGCAAACCGUGGCAAUGGAGCCCUUACGGAGGACCUGCCGGGACGUUUAUGAACGCGUAUUACCUGUCGGAGCCACAGAGGUACGACAAUCACGCUAAGAACGUUAUCCUGGAAGACUCAUUGAUAAAAGUGGAUGAAACAGACAAACUGUCGUCGGAGGUCUGGCACACGUACUUGGACAACCGUCAGUCAGAAGGCGUUUACGAAACUAAGAUGACCAUGUGGCGCAGGUUGUCAGCGCUAAUCAAAAGCUGGGCGCCUGGUUGCGGCCUUUACCUGGUCGGAUCCACGAUGAACGGUUUUGGAGGCGACGUGAGCGACGCAGACUUCUGCCUGCUUACCGGCUGCACGGCGGCCGCGGGAGUUAACGCUGGCGUCCGGCAGCACCGAACCGUUACUGAAGAGCGGCAUCGGAUAUGUGCCGUCGAACGGCUCCAGUGGCUGAUGGGAUUACUGAACCACGAGCGUAUCAACGGUAAGGUCGGUACCGCGGAAAUGCGCAUUGUUUACGCCAAGGUGCCCAUACUCCGGUUUCGGUGGAUUGGUGCCGGCGACGACAAGAUGGACGUGGACUUUUGCUGCAACAACGUGGUGGGCAUCCGCAACACUCAUCUGCUGUACUGCUAUUCGAGACUUGAUUAUCGGGUCAGGCCAUUGGUAGUAACCAUUAAACUGUGGGCUUCCCGUCACAACAUCAACGAUCCAAAAAAAAUGACGCUGUCUAGUUACUCGCUGGUGCUGAUGGUAAUCAAUUUUUUGCAAAGCGUCGAACCGCCUGUGUUACCAUCGCUGCAGUGCAUCUACGGCAUGAAGUUCUCGGCCAACACCGACAUCGAAUUCGUACACAUGCACGAACAGUUGCCUAGCAGUGGAUGGAGAAGCGACAACAAACAGAGCCUGGGCGAAUUGCUUUUGCAAUUUUUUGAAUACUACAACGAUUUCAAUUUUUAUAAAUACGCAGUUUCUGUGAGAAUGGGAUCACCGAUACUGCUAGAAAGCUGUCGGAUGGCCGACGCCGCAAAAAACAAUCCAGGACAAUGGAAAUUCAUAGGAAUCGAAGAACCUUUUGAGAGAACGAACACAGCACGGUCUGUGAAUAACCAUAAUGUAUUUGCUCAAAUCAAAGAAGCCAUUAGUAAUAGUUACAAUCAUUUAAAAGAAACGAUGUCAUUGGAUUAAAUAUUUUGUUAGUUUGUAAAAUAACAAGACCGAAAAACAAAAACAAAAAAAACCAUAAAAAAAAUUAUAAAAUCACAAAAUUACAAGAAAAAAAACUUAAAAAAAACGACAAGAAAACUUCAUGUGGCUUUCGUCUGACGAUAUUUAUAUGCGUAUACUUAUUAGAUAAGAAAAACUCGGAAAACUAGUGUGAUAGUAAAAAAAAAAACAUGCAAAAAGUAUAUAAAAAAAAUUGUCUUAGCCAAUACAAAAAUUCAGUAAAAAAAAAAUUGUUUGAAUCUAUAGCACUUAAGUAUUAUUAUAUUAUAUUAUAUAUUGUUGAGUUUAUAUUUAAAAGAAAAAAAACCACAGCAUGCACGACGUCUGUCGAAUAUACUUAUAACUUUUUAAUUUGUUACUAUUCUUAUAUAUAUAUAUUACUUAUAUUAUUAUGAAAAUUAAAUAUUAUGUGCUCUUAUAUAGUUACUGCAGGUAUUUGAAAACAUUUGCUAGCGCAAUCCUGCACUAUUUAGUUAAAUUUAUCACUGUGUUGACUACGAUGUAUUUUGAAUUAUACGUAUAAAUUCUAUAGUAGCUUUUGCGUUAUUAUAUUAAUCAUCUUUGUUAAUAAAUAUUUUUUUCGAACAAUCUGAAAAAAUGUUAUUAAUUUUAUUUUAUUGUAGUUUAAUUUUAUUACGGAUUGUGACUAUUAAGCUUUGUCCGGAAGGUGGUUUGACAACAUAAAUAAACUAUAUGUGAUCUACGAUGUAUA